AGCUCAGGCUGAGUUCCUCAGCUCUCUCGCCCUCAUCCAGCCCCCAGUUCAUGCAUUCAGAGAUUCUGCCGUCCGUCGCCCGUCACCACCCUCCAGACAGAUAGCGUGCCCCUGCUGCUCUUGCCCGGUAACCAUGUUCGCCGACGAUCAACAUACCGCUAGCGGCCCUUUCGAGGGUCCAGAAAAGCUCCUCGAGAUCUGGUUCGCGUCCUCACCCGCGGACAUCCCCGAUGCCCACUCGAGCACCGAUGGCAAGUACGGCCUCAGGAAGGUGCCCCGGGCCGUCUGGGAGGAGAUGCUUGACAUCGUCAAGUGCAAAAUUUUGUCCGUCGUAGAAGGCAUGGAGAUGGAUGCUUAUCUUCUCAGCGAAUCUUCGUUCUUUGUGUCUCCACAUCGCCUCAUUCUGAAGACGUGUGGCACAACACUCAACCUUCUCGGAGUCCCUCGGAUACUCGAGAUUGCUCGUGAUGUUGGCUUCCCCACUGUACACCGCUUAUUCUACUCUCGUAAAGCCUUCAUGUUCCCGGAGAGGCAGCAGGGUCCUCACAGGGAAUGGAAGGCGGAGAUAGAGUUCCUCGACAACCUCUUUCCUAAUGGAUCAGCUUACACCGUAGGCAAGGUCAACGGCGACCAUUGGCUUCUAUACCUUACCGCCCCCGGAGAACUCUCAUCCGGAAGUGGAGAUACCGCGCCCAGCUCGCCGCAAUCCGUUUUGCACAACGUGGACGGCGUUGACCCGGAAGCCUCGGACGUGCCACCACCAGACACCCCCGCCGAGGAGCGUGAAGAUGAAACUGACGAUGCCAUCGCCUCCGACUAUACCAUCGAAAUCCUGAUGACCCACCUAUCGCCGGAAGGGCGCGCCCCCUUCUUCAGCAACUCCUCUCCAGAAGACGGAGAUGCGACCGCAGGAGCCGACGCCCUCGCCCUCUCCUCCGACAUCGGGAUCACCAACAUCUUCCCGUCCAACAUCACGACGCUAGAUGCGUACUCCUUCACGCCCUGUGGCUACUCGUGCAACGCGCUGCUCAAGUGGCGUCCCGAUGCCGGACAGGACCCCGCUCGCUCCGGAGAAGGGUACUACACGAUCCACGUCACCCCAGAAGAAGGCUGGUCAUACGCCUCGUUCGAGUGCAACGUGCCGCUCGCGACGAAGCCGACCAACAAGCCGACGAGCGUGCCAGACCUCAAGACGCUCAUCCGGCGCGUGGUGAACAUCUUCCACCCAGGCAAGCUCACCCUGACGCUGUUCAUCUCGAGCAAGGAUAACGACGCCGCGGAGGAAGAGGAGGGCGAGACGACUGUCGAGGCGGCCCAGCGCGCAUUCAAAGCGGCGCUGACGCUCCCCGCCCACGCGAGGCGGAAGAGCGAGGGGGAGCUCCAGUGCAACGGGACCGAGGCAGGGGCCGCGGGGCUGUACAAACGCACAGACAAGAUCAACUACGAGUUUGGCGGCUACGACCUCGCCUUCGCGAGCUUCGAGCUCCGGACGUAGUCGUCAAGAAUGCGGUAUGAACCCUGCUUGUGAAUUAUGGAUCGUCCCUCGCCCCUUGCUCGCUCCACUCAAGCCCGCCUUCUCCCCACUUAGGUUUAUGUUCAUGUCUGCGCUUAUGCUGAUAAUCAUAUAGCCUGCGGCGCUGUGAUCGACCGUACCUCUGGAGAUCGUUGAUGUGUUUAGGAUGGUUGUGACGUUAUUGGAACAAAAAUGUCUAGGUGCGACAAGGGCUGCAGUCUAUAUGAUGGGCGCGGCGCGCGAUACAUUGUGCAUCUACGAAUCCGUAUGGACCGAAAUGACCCGGCACGAACCCGGCACGGAUGCCGCUUUUGCUCAAAACAGUAAUUCAAUCGACUUUCGCAGCGCG